AUGGUGUUCACGAAGACGGCGAAGCCCGUCGAUGCUGCUGCAGCCACGAUGGUUUACCCGGAGGGCAAGGGGCCCCUGAACGCCACGGGCCUCGCGGGCCUUCCCGUCGUGCCGAACGAGGGCACGGUGUUCCGCUCGAAGGCCCCGCACAACCUGAAGCCCACGGAGAUCGACGACAAGGACAAGGGCACGCCGGACGACUGGAUCCCUCGCCACCCCGACAUCGUCCGCCUCACCGGUCGGCACCCGCUCAACUGCGAGCCCCCCAUGCAGACGCUGAUGGAGACGGGCUUCAACACGCCGCCGGCGCUGCACUACGUGCGCAACCACGGCCCUGCGCCGCGCAUCAAGUGGGAGGACCACCGCAUCACGGUCAACGGCCUGGUCGACAAGCCCAUCACCUACACGAUGGAGGAGCUCAUGAAGCUGCCGCAGCGGACCAUCCCGGUGACGCUGGUGUGCGCGGGCAACCGCCGCAAGGAGCAGAACAUGAUCAAGAAGACCAUCGGGUUCAGCUGGGGCUCGGCCGGCCUGGGCACGAGCUACUGGACCGGCGUGCGCCUGGGCGACAUCCUCAGGGCCUCGGGCGUCAAGCCCGGCGCGACGCACGUGUGCUUCCGCGGGCCCAAGAAGGAGCUGCCGCAGGGCGACGACGGGUCGUAUGCCACGUCGCUGGAGCUGCCCGUCGCGAUGGACCCCGCGGAGGACGUCAUGGUGUGCUGGAAGCAGGACGGCGAGCUGCUGACGCCCGACCACGGGUACCCGGUGCGCAUGAUCAUCCCGGGCUUCAUCGGCGGGCGCAUGGUCAAGUGGCUGGAGGAGAUCACGGUGACGGACAAGGAGUCGGACAACUUCUACCACUUCUUCGACAACCGCGUGCUCCCGCCGCAGAUCGACCAGAAGCGGGCCAACGAGGAGGGCUGGUGGUACAAGCCCGAGUACAUCAUCAACCAGCUCAACAUCAACUCGGCGAUCGGGUACCCAGCGCACGGCGAGGUGCUCCCGCUCGACGGCAGCGUGCAGGAGUACACCGUGCGCGGCUACGCGUACACGGGCGGCGGCCGCAAGAUCAUCCGCUGCGAGGUCUCGCUCGACGACGGCAAGACCUGGCGCCUGGCCGACAUCCACCGCUUCCAGAAGCCCACGGAGUUCGGCAAGUUCUGGUGCUGGGACUUCUGGUCCAUCAAGAUCCCCCUGGCGGACGUCGUCCGCUGCAAGGAGAUCUGUUGCCGCGCGUUCGACGCCGCGCAGAACACGCAGCCGGCCUGGCCCACGUGGACCGUGAUGGGCAUGAUGAACAACCCGUGGUUCCGCGUCCGCGUCAACCCGUGCGUUCUGGAGUCCGGCAAGGCCGCGGUGACCUUCCAGCACCCCACGCAGCCCGCCAACCAGCCCGGCGGCUGGAUGGGCGACAACCCCACGGAGACGUAG